AAAUUGCUAGAUCAUGCCUUAAUUUAAAAUAUCUUAAUCUGAGAAGGUGUUAUAUAAUUAGUAAAGAAGCUAUAGAUCAGGUCGUUUCAGUUAAUCCCAAUAUCAAUAUCGUGAAUAUCGUGGAUACUAUAAUGCCUCCUGAUCUGAUUGGAGUGGUUAGAAAUCAUCUUACACAGAACAACGUUGCUAGUAGACAGAUUUUAGCUCAGAGCCUUUAG